GAGAAGCAGACGAUAUUUGUAUCGCUUUUACUGGCAUUUCUAAGAAGAAAAUGAUCUGCCGAGCGAUUUUAGACAGAUUCUGUAAAACACUUUUUACGACAACAAAUCAAAGGAAUUGGCAUAAGAUACUGAAUCAAAAAUGUAUGUCUACUGAUGAAUCACAAUAUACCAAACAAGCACAUUUCUUUGGCUUUGAAGAAGUAACGCCGAAUGAGAAGAGAGAAAAAGUUCAAGCAGUUUUUACAAAUGUUGCAUCUAAAUAUGAUCUGAUGAAUGAUGUGAUGAGUGUGGGAAUACAUAGACUCUGGAAAGAUUAUUUUAUUCAAAUCCUUUCUCCAGAAGAAGGAACUCAGCUACUAGAUGUGGCUGGUGGAACAGGAGACAUUGCUUUUCGUUUUUUGAAAGCAAGCAUAGAUCAUAAACAUAAUCACAAUCUCACCCAUUUAUUUGAUGAACUUAAUUCUGAAACAGAAAUGGAAAACAGAAGUCAUGUUACUGUUUUGGACUUCAACGAUAAAAUGUUAUCCAUAUGUAAAAACAGAGCAAAAGAAUUGGGACUGCAUAAUUAUUUGACUUGUAUCCAAGGAAAUGCCGAAAUUCUACCUUUUCCUGAAAAUAGUUUUGAUGCUUAUACUAUUGCAUUUGGAAUUAGAAAUGUUGUUCAUAUUGAUCAGGCACUUAUAGAAGCACAUCGUAUAUUAAGACCAGGUGGUCGCUUCUUAUGUUUGGAGUUCAGCGAAGUUAAAAGUGAAGCAUUCAGAAGGAUAUAUAACUGGUAUUCUACAGAAAUAAUACCUGUUCUUGGAGAAAUUGUAGCAGGGGAUUGGAAAUCAUAUCAAUACUUAAUAGAAAGUAUACAAAAAUUUCCUAAUCAGGUAAUUUCUUUUCAACUAGAAGUAAAGUUGUGUAUUUUCAAAAAACAGAUUCUUAAUUUCAAAUUUCCCUUAGGAAGAAUUCAUGUACAUGAUCGAAGAUGCAGGAUUCAAAAUAGUAACAUAUGAAAAUCUAUGUAAUGGUAUAGCAGCAAUUCAUUCAGCAUACAAGCUAUGAUAUUUUUAUUAAUGUAAAUAUUAAAUCAAAAUGUACAAUUUGUACAACAUAUGGAAAUAAAUAUUUAUAACAAAUGA